AUGGCGCGAGGGUCGUUGACGCACAGCCGCGCUGAUGCGAUGGAGGCAUGCUUCGGUGGUGCUGCAUCGAAGGUAUACAGCUACGAGUCUUGCUGUGCAUGUGGCAACGAGUAUGGCAACUCCUCAGGGCGGAGCCAUUGCUGGGUUGGACCCUUUGAUUUAUCUUACUGCUGCACCUUCUACGCCAGCAACGCGCGCCUGUUGCCCCAUUUGCCUUGCUGGCGGGACGCCGACGGUCCCAAACACCGGGUGCAGUUUGAGCUUGCUGGGAGGGAGUGGAGACUCUGGCAGAAGCCCCGGGAGCCCUUCGACACACGAGGCGUCAUGGCGCACGUGAUGUGGCCUUCGGCCUAUGCUUUGGCGGCUUGGAUGCUGGACAAGACAGGGACCGCCGUAGAUGCCAUCGAAGGAAGGCACGUCCUUGAGCUUGGCUGCGGCUUGGCGCUGCCAUCGCUGGCGGCGGCCUGGGGAGGUGCGGCCACGGCCCAAGGCACCGACAUCGACCGGGACGCGGUGCAACUGGCUCGGAGAGCUGCCCGGGCCAACCUGCCGGAGCUCUUUUUCUCGCGCUUUCGGGCGGACGUUUUGGACUUCCGGGACGCGGCGUCUUUGGCGACGGUCGCUGCGAAGCCGCCGGGGGUGGACACGGUGCUGAUUUCCGGGCAGCUCUACGAGGGAGCCCUCAGCAUUCCUCUGCUGCAUGCGCUGCAGACGCUCUGCUCCCCGGAAGCUCUGCACGGUCCUCAUGGUAUUCUGGAUCUCGAUUGA